AUGCCGGAAGAAUUGAAGAGCGCCUCUGGAAAGCUCUCCAGGCAGGAGCACGGGCAAAGAGCGUGGGCCAGGUUCGCUUUUGGGGGACGGCCGAGCGUGACGCCACUGCGUUCCAGGCGCGUGCACCGGGGCGUGCGGGGGAGGAGAGCGUGCGAGACGGAGGCGCUGCGACGGCGGUGCGAGCGGCGCGGGGCGGCGGAUACGCACUGUAGCCCUCUCGCUCGCGGCCGCAUAGCCAUGCGCCAAACGGCGGUGCCCCCCUGGCGCCGGGGGGCGGGGGCGGGGGUCUCUUUCUCCCCCUCCUGGAGCCCGCGGCGCGGCGCGCGCCGGGCCAGUAGCGCGGCUCCAGCGGCGCCGUCGCCAUGGCAACGGCUCAGACGCCGCGGCGCGCGGCGGGCCGGCCGCGAGCGCGCGCUGCCCCGAUGCGGCAGAGCCGGCCGGCCUGACCUCGUGACACGACCGCCCCUCAGGCCGCCCGCCCGCGUCCGCCGCCCGCGAACGCACCCGCGCCCUCGCGGGAGGCCCUCGCGAUGUGAACGGCGUCGCCGUCGCGACGGAGCCGGCGGCCGCCACGACGGCGGCGUGGACGAGGACCGCUGCGGAGGCCACGGCGUCCACGCACACGCAGGACCCUCCUCGGCGACGAGGACGGCGGCGGCGGGGUCGCCGAGGAUAGCGGAGGAACCGGCCCUGGCAAACUCGUUACCUAGACGUGUGGGUGUAGGAGAGAAAGAAAUGAUUAGGGAACAAUUUGUAAUUUUGAGUAUGAUUAUUCAAAUAGCAGAUAUCAUUAACGACAAUAAAACACAUUAUGGUAUUACAUUCUGUUUAAUAUGGCAACUAAGAAAAUAA